CGGGUCGCUGCUGGGGUCGGGCCGGUGCCGGCCUCGGCCCCGCGCAAGAUGGCGGACCUAGAGGCUGUGCUGGCCGAUGUGAGCUACCUGAUGGCCAUGGAGAAGAGCCGGGCCGCGCCCGCCGCCCGCGCCAGCAAACGGAUCCUGCUGCCAGAGCCCAGCAUCCGCAGCGUCAUGCAGAAGUAUCUGGAGGACCGGGGCGAGGUGACGUUCGACAAGAUCUUUGCACAGAAGAUCGGGUACCUGCUGUUCCGGGACUUCGCCCUCAACCAGGCUGAGGAGGCCAAGCCCCUGAUGGAGUUCUACGAAGAGAUCAAAAAAUACGAGAAGCUGGACUCGGAGGAGGAGCGAGCCACUCGGAGCCACUACAUCUUUGACCAUUACAUCAUGAAGGAGCUGCUGGCCUGCUCCCACCCGUUCUCCAAGAGUGCCACAGAGCAUGUGCAGAGCCGCUUGAGCAAGAGGCAGGUGCCCCCAGACCUCUUCCAGCCCUACAUUGAGGAGAUCUGCCAGAACCUGCGUGGGAGCAUCUUCCAGAAAUUCAUCGAGAGUGACAAGUUCACACGGUUCUGCCAGUGGAAGAACGUGGAGCUGAACAUCCAUCUCACCAUGAAUGACUUCAGUGUGCAUCGCAUCAUCGGCCGCGGUGGCUUUGGGGAGGUCUACGGCUGCCGGAAAGCGGACACAGGCAAAAUGUAUGCCAUGAAGUGCUUGGACAAGAAGCGCAUCAAGAUGAAGCAGGGUGAGACGCUGGCCCUCAACGAGCGCAUCAUGUUGUCCCUUGUCAGCACUGGGGAUUGCCCAUUCAUCGUGUGCAUGUCGUAUGCUUUCCACACACCUGACAAGCUCAGCUUCAUCCUUGACCUAAUGAAUGGGGGGGACCUGCACUAUCACCUGUCCCAGCAUGGCGUCUUCUCGGAAGCAGAGAUGCGCUUCUACGCAUCAGAGAUCAUCCUGGGCCUGGAGCACAUGCACAGUCGUUUUGUGGUGUACCGUGACCUUAAGCCAGCAAACAUCCUUCUGGAUGAAUUUGGACACGUCCGUAUCUCGGACCUGGGCCUGGCCUGUGACUUCUCCAAGAAGAAACCCCACGCCAGCGUGGGCACCCACGGCUACAUGGCCCCAGAGGUGCUGCAGAAGGGGGUGGCGUACGACAGCAGCGCCGACUGGUUUUCACUGGGCUGCAUGCUCUUCAAGCUGCUCCGCGGGCACAGCCCUUUCCGGCAGCACAAGACAAAGGACAAGCAUGAGAUCGAUCGCAUGACCCUCACCAUGGCUGUCGAGCUGCCCGACUCCUUCUCCCCUGAGUUGCGCUCGUUGCUUGAGGGGCUGCUUCAGCGUGACGUCAACCAGCGGCUGGGCUGCAUGGGGCGUGGCGCUCAGGAGGUGAAGGAGGAGCCCUUCUUCAAAGGCCUGGACUGGCAGAUGGUGUUCCUGCAGAAGUACUCCCCGCCUCUCAUCCCGCCCCGAGGUGAGGUGAAUGCAGCUGAUGCCUUUGACAUCGGCUCCUUUGAUGAGGAGGACACAAAGGGCAUCAAGCUGCUGGAGAGCGAUCAGGAGCUGUACCGCAACUUCCCGCUCACCAUCUCGGAGCGCUGGCAGCAGGAGGUGACCGAGACAGUCUUUGACACGGUCAACGCGGACACGGACAAGCAGGAGGCACGCAAGAAAGCCAAAAACAAGCAGCUGGGCCACGAGGAGGACUACGCCAUGGGCAAGGACUGCAUCGUACACGGGUACAUGUCCAAGCUGGGCAACCCCUUUCUGACACAGUGGCAGCGCCGCUACUUCUACCUCUUCCCCAACCGGCUGGAGUGGCGUGGGGAGGGCGAGUCGCCGCAGUCCCUGCUCACCAUGGAGGAGAUUGACUCGGUGGAGGAGACUCAAGUGAAGGAGCGCAAGUGCAUCCUGCUCCGCAUCCGUGGCGGCAAGCAGUUCGUGCUGCAGUGCGAUAGCGAUCCCGAGCUGGUGCAGUGGCAGAAGGAAUUGCAGGAUGCCCAGCGCCAGGCCCAGCAGCUGCUGCAGCGGGUGCCACGCAUGCAGAAUAAGCCGCGCUCACCUGUGGUGGAGCUCAGCAAAGUGCCCUUCCUGCAGCGCUCUGCCAAUGGGCUCUGACCCUGCGCCCUGCCCCCCCUUCCCACCC